AUGGACUGGUUGCCACCACCUCCACCACCUUUACCUGUUCCUCAAGUAAAUAAGCCUUUCCCGUUCCCAAGAAUAGUUAGUAUGACUAAGUCGUGUACUGAGGCACUGCGCGCCUCCGUACACCACUUAACCUUAAAUAUUUACAAAACCAGUAACGUAUAUUUUACAACACAAACGACAACACUAACUUAA